UAACUCAUAAGUCAUAAUAUAGACUUAACAAAAAAGAUAGAGAAUAAUAAUAAGAAGAACACAAAAGAGUGAUAGAAAUGGGGAGAGGUGGUUUAGGCGUUGGUGGAUUACUGCUGAUUAUGUUGAUUGUGAUUAACAUGGAGGUUAAUGAAUCAACUACAUAUGAGGUGGGAGAUGAAUUUGGAUGGGAUCCCACCAUUGACAUGGAGACUUGGCCUCGUGGCAAAACAUUUCAUGCCGGUGAUAUCUUAGAAUUCAAGUAUGAUGACCAGAAGUACGACGUGGUGGUGACGGACCAAGAAGGGCACGACACGUGUACCGUGACGCCGAGAUCAGACGUACAUAACUCGGGAGAUGACCGUAUCGAACUUCAGCAUGGAGGUAAUUAUUUCAUCUGCAGCAUCUCGUCGCUCUGCAGCGCUGGAUUGAAGAUGGCCGUCUCCGCUGACUUCUAGUCCGUAAACUUUCGUCUUCUUUCAUUGCAAUGAAUCAGUAAAAUGUCUUUCAUGAUGUAACCAAAAACCUACUGCGUAUAGGUUAUAUCAACAUUUACAUCACAUUCGAAUAAAAAUCACAAAUGAGA